GGCGCGAGCGAAAACAAACAGCUGAGGCUGCGAGUGCCUCCGCCCCGGCUCCGAGAGCACGCCAGCCCGGACCCCUACUCCGGGCGCCCAGCCGCCCACCAUGAGGAAGAUCCGCGCCAAUGCCAUCGCCAUUCUGACCGUAGCCUGGAUCCUGGGCACUUUCUACUACUUAUGGCAGGACAACCGAGCCCACGCAGCAUCCUCAGGCGGCCGGGGCGCGCAGAGGGCCGGCGGGAGGCCGGAACCGCUCCGGGAGGACCGCACCAUCCAGCUCAUUGUGACAGGAACACCCUCGAAAGGCUUUGAUGAGAAGGCGUACCUGGCAGCCAAGCAGCUGAAGCCUGGAGAGGACCCCUACAGACAGCAUGCCUUCAACCAGCUGGAGAGCGACAAGCUGAGCCCUGACCGGCCCAUCCGGGACACCCGCCAUUACAGUUGCCCAUCCGUGUCCUAUUCCUCGGACUUGCCGGCCACCAGCGUCAUCAUCACCUUCCACAACGAAGCCCGCUCUACCCUCCUGCGCACGGUGAAAAGCGUCCUGAACAGAACUCCUGCCAGCCUGAUCCAGGAGAUCAUUCUAGUUGAUGACUUCAGUUCAGAUCCUGAAGACUGUCUUCUCCUGACCAGGAUCACCAAGGUCAAAUGCCUGCGCAACGACCGGCGGGAAGGGCUGAUCCGGUCCCGAGUUCGCGGGGCAGAUGUGGCCGCAGCUGCUGUCCUCACCUUUCUGGACAGCCACUGCGAAGUGAACACCGAGUGGCUGCAGCCCAUGCUGCAGCGGGUGAAGGAGGAUCACACCCGCGUGGUGAGCCCCAUCAUUGAUGUCAUCAGUCUGGAUAAUUUCGCCUACCUUGCUGCAUCUGCUGACCUUCGGGGAGGAUUUGACUGGAGCCUGCAUUUCAAGUGGGAGCAGAUCCCUCUGGAGCAGAAGAUUGCCCGGACAGACCCCACCAAGCCCAUAAGGACGCCUGUCAUAGCUGGUGGAAUCUUCGUGAUUGACAAGUCUUGGUUUAACCACUUGGGAAAGUAUGAUGCCCAGAUGGACAUCUGGGGGGGAGAGAAUUUUGAGCUCUCCUUCCGGGUGUGGAUGUGUGGUGGGAGCUUGGAGAUCGUGCCCUGCAGCCGGGUGGGCCACGUCUUCAGGAAACGGCACCCCUACAACUUUCCUGAGGGCAACGCCCUCACCUACAUCAGGAAUACCAAGCGCACUGCAGAGGUGUGGAUGGAUGAAUACAAGCAGUAUUACUACGAGGCCCGGCCCUCGGCCAUAGGGAAGGCCUUCGGCAGCGUGGCCACGCGGAUCGAGCAGAGGAAGAAGAUGAACUGCAAGUCCUUCCGCUGGUACCUGGAUAACGUCUACCCAGAGCUCACCGUCCCCGUGAAGGAAGUGCUCCCCGGCAUCAUUAAGCAGGGGGCUAAUUGCUUAGAAUCCCAGGGCCAGGACACGGCUGGUAACUUCCUGCUCAGCAUGGGGGCCUGCAGAGGGUCUGCCAAGAGCCCGCCGGCGGCUCAGGCGUGGCUGUUCAGUGACCAUCUCAUCCAGCAGCAGGGGAAGUGCCUGGCUGCCACUUCCACCUCCAUCUCCCCCGGGUCCCUGGUCGUACUGCAGGCGUGCAACCCGAGAGAAGGCAGGCAGAGAUGGAGGAGAAAAGCCUCCUUCCUCCAGCAUCCAGUCAGCGGCCUCUGCCUGGAGGCCAAGACCACCGAGCUGGUGACCAGCAAGUGCCAGGCCGGCGUCCCAGCCCAGCAGUGGCAGCUGUUGCCGCACACAUGACCGUAGCCUGGGGCCUCCUGUACCUUUUGCAUGAGACUUUGGGACCCGAAGGGGGUUAGGGUGGGGGAGUGUAAAGCGGGCCGUUUCCAUCUCCUCACACUUCUGCCGGAAUCAUCAGCAAACACCGCUGCCACGACACACGAGUCUCCAAAGCUUGUACGGGGAGGACGCAGGGGUGAUGCCCUGCUGCCCUGGCCGCCACCCCGGCCUUGCCUGGGGAGAGAAGCAGGUCAGCAUGCUGGACUGCUACAGGGCAGAGACUGGGCAGGAGCCCUGGCCCUUUGUUACCUCCCUUCACCCUCCCGAGGUCUGGACAGUGGUUGGGGGCCUCCCCUUGUUGGCUGGGGAGAACGAGGGCAGCAGCCCACACAGG